AUGGCCAUGCUGAAGGCCAUGCUCGCCGAAGCUGGCCUUCAUGAAGCCGACGACCAAACCGAUAGCGGAGCCGAUUUCUUCUCUCGCGUCUGCCCGCACAGGCUGUCGCAACCGCCAAAGAUGAACGAGUUUGAUGCGGUACAUCCCCCGGCAGACAUGGGCCAGCUUGCCGAUGGUGAUGAGCAACGUGCGCUCAUCGAGGGCUGGCGUGCUGAAGAUGGAUGGGAACUGCGCAGGCCAUUUUCUUAA